CUGCAUUUCUACUUCUCUUCUCACAGUCUGCGGGAGCAAUUGAUGAAACCAACGGAGAACAAGGGAACUACAUACCACAUAGGACCGUCACAUCUUGAACGGAGAUAAGCGCCAACAUGGGUGGACUCUCGGCACUUUUAGCAUUAUGCUGAGAGACAGCCUCCCGCAGGAUGCUGGAACUGGGCGCUUGUUCGGUCAGUGCGCAGGCCGCCUUAUCUGACCGCCAUGCCCACAUCCCCCCUCCACCUCUGGCCACCGCCGGCAGCCGCGUGGGCGGCAUGUGCCCGGGCAUGGGCGAGGUCCCGACUCCCCGCUGCUACAUCCUGCCGCCCGAGGACCCGGAGAGCUGGCACAAGCACCGCAGCGGCUUUGGACUGUCCGGCGCCGGGAUGGGCCUGGGGAUGGGGAUGUCGUCAUCGCGCUCGGGCUCGCUGCUGGAGCCGCCCAGCCUGGUGGAGAGCCUGCUGUCGCGCAGCAGCAGUCGCGACACGCUCUACGUGCCCCGUGGCGCCAUGCUGCCCUCCUCGCUGGACCUGGUGGCGGCUGCCGCCCUGGAGGGUGUGGCGGGGGGACUCCCUGCGCAGGCGGGCCUGGACCCUGUCAUGACCAUCAGCCCCAGCGCCAUUAAGAGGAGGCGGGGGGGUCUGAUUGAGCAGCGGGACAUCAUUAAGGCGCACCAAGCACACAAGAUACAAAGCACCCCGCAGGCCCGACGCAAGGAGUGGGAAAUGGCCCGGUUUGGUGACGAUGUCCCCGGGCUUUUGGGACCGGGGGACGGGGGAUCGGAGCGCAACAGGAGCCGCGAUGGAGCAGCGGUGUCCACAGGUGGAAUCUCACCAGCCUUCAAGCAGACCAAAGCUCAGCGAGCCCGCACCAUGGCCCUGUACAACCCCAUUCCCGUCAGGCAGAACUGCUUUACCGUGAACAGAUCGCUGUUCAUCUUUGGCGAGGACAACGUUGUUCGUAAAUACGCCAAGAAGAUCAUUGAGUGGCCUCCGUUUGAGUACAUGAUCCUGGCCACCAUCAUCGCCAACUGCAUAGUGCUAGCACUGGAACAACACCUCCCCGGGGAUGACAAGACACCCAUGUCCAAGAGACUGGAGAAAACGGAGCCCUACUUCAUCGGGAUGUUUUGUUUCGAGGCUGGAAUUAAAAUAGUGGCGCUGGGAUUUGUAUUCCACAAGGGCUCCUAUCUGAGGAACGGAUGGAACGUCAUGGACUUCAUAGUCGUCCUCAGCGGGAUCCUGGCCACAGCUGGUGCACACAUGAACAUUCCGGUUGACUUGCGGACUCUGAGGGCAGUGAGGGUGCUCAGGCCACUCAAGCUGGUCUCUGGGAUUCCCAGCCUGCAGAUCGUGCUGAAGUCCAUCAUGAAGGCCAUGGUGCCGCUGCUGCAGAUUGGCCUGCUCCUCUUCUUUGCCAUCCUCAUGUUCGCCAUCAUUGGCCUGGAGUUCUACAGCGGCAAGCUGCACAGCACCUGCAUGGCCCUGCCCAGCAUUCUGGACAAUGAGACCCUGGACAUUUCUGACGUGGAGUAUCCCUGCGGCUUCCGGCAGUGCCCCAGCGGAUACAACUGCAGCGAGUUCGCCUGGAUCGGCCCCAAUGACGGGAUCACCCAGUUCGACAACAUCCUGUUUGCCCUCCUCACUGUAUUCCAGUGCAUCACCAUGGAGGGCUGGACCACUGUACUUUACAAUACCAAUGAUGCCUUAAACCCCACGUGGAAUUGGCUCUACUUCAUCCCCCUCAUCAUCAUUGGCUCCUUCUUCGUGCUCAACCUGGUCCUGGGAGUGCUUUCAGGGGAGUUUGCGAAGGAGAGGGAGCGGGUGGAGAACCGACGGGCCUUCAUGAAGCUGCGGCGUCAGCAGCAGAUCGAGAGGGAGCUCAACGGCUACCGCGCCUGGAUCGACCGGGCAGAGGAGGUAAUGCUGGCCGAAGAGAGUAAAAACUCAGGGCCCUCUGCUCUGGAUGCUCCCGACACGCUGUCUGAAUGGGAAACAGACAGUAACCAUGUGCUGAAGAGAGCCACCAUAAAGAAGAGAGGAGAGGCUAUCCACCGGCGGCCAGGGGACGAACAGUACACAGACAUCCCCUCCAUGGGCAUGCCUCUGAACAGAGCCAGCAUCAGGAGUGCCAAGCGUGGGCCCACAGCCUACUUCCGCCGCAAGGAGCGCAUGCUUCGCAUCCAGGUGCGCCGCAUGGUGAAGACGCACACCUUCUACUGGACCGUACUGGGCCUGGUGGCCCUCAACACGCUCUGCGUGGCCAUCGUCCACCACGACCAGCCAGAGUGGCUCUCCAUUCUCCUCUACUAUGCAGAGUUCCUGUUCCUGGGCCUGUUCCUCAUGGAGAUGUUUUUGAAAAUGUACGGCCUGGGACCGCGGCUCUACUUCCACUCCUCCUUCAACUGCUUUGAUUGCGGAGUGAUCGUGGGGAGCAUCUUGGAGGUGCUCUGGGGUUUCUUCAGGCCCGGCAUGUCCUUCGGCAUCAGUGUCCUCAGAGCCCUGCGCUUGCUGAGGAUCUUCAAGAUCACCAAGUACUGGGCAUCUCUGCGGAACCUGGUGGUGUCCCUGAUGAACUCCAUGAAGUCCAUCAUCAGUCUGCUCUUCCUCCUCUUCCUCUUCAUCGUGGUCUUUGCCCUGCUGGGAAUGCAGCUCUUUGGUGGCAGGUUCACCUUCGAAGACUUCACGCCCACCAACUUCGAUACUUUCCCAGCCGCCAUCAUGACUGUCUUUCAGAUCCUCACAGGAGAGGACUGGAAUGAGGUGAUGUAUGACGGGAUCCGCUCGCAGGGCGGCGUGAGGUCCGGCAUGUGGUCGUCCAUCUACUUCAUCGUCCUCACUCUGUUUGGGAACUAUACACUCCUCAACGUGUUUUUGGCCAUUGCUGUGGACAAUCUGGCCAAUGCUCAGGAACUUACGAAGGAUGAAGAGGAGGAAGAGGCGGCAUUCAACCAGAAGCACGCCCUGCAGAAGGCCAAGGAAGUGGGUCCCAUGUCGUCCAUCAUGUCCUCAGACAGGCACAAUGACCCAGAAUUCUCUGCCUUUCCUGACCUCUUGUCCACUACGCCCGAGUCGAGUUCGCCCCACGCCAGGAGGAGGGAGGAGCUCUCCCAAGACGACCGCGCGACUCUACAGCUCUCCGGUGACCCAGAUCCUGACCCUUCGGACGGCCCCAAGGGUAGCGGAGAGGGCGAUGGCAACGCCGACCCAUCCAGCCUCUGCCAGGACAAGUCCCCCCUCAGCAGCAGCAUAGUCAUCGAAGUGACGGACGUGCAUACGUCCGCACUGGAGCUGACCUCCAUGGGUGGUAACACCAAAGACGUGGAGGCUGCAGUGAAGUCGGAGAAGGAGGAGGAGGAGGAGGCCAGUAAUCCACCCAAAGCCAUCCCACCCAACAGCAUGUUUAUCUUCAAACCCAACAACCCUGUCCGUAGGGCCUGUCACUACAUUGUCAACCUGCGUUACUUUGAGAUGUCCAUCCUGCUUGUGAUCGCCGCCAGCAGCAUCGCCCUGGCCGCCGAAGACCCCGUGGCCACCGGCUCGGACUGGAACCUAGUUUUGCGAUACUUUGAUUAUGUCUUCACGGGGGUGUUCACCUUUGAAAUGAUCAUUAAGAUGAUUGAUCAGGGUUUGAUUCUCCAUGAUGGCUCGUACUUUCGGGACCUAUGGAACAUUCUGGACUUCGUCGUAGUGAUUGGAGCUCUGGUGGCCUUUGCGCUCACGAAUGUGAUGGGGAAUAAUAAGGGAAGGGAUAUAAAGACCAUCAAGUCUCUGCGCGUGCUUCGAGUCCUGAGACCUUUGAAGACCAUCAAGAGACUUCCCAAGUUAAAGGCAGUUUUUGACUGUGUGGUCAACUCUCUGAAGAACGUUUUCAACAUCCUCAUCGUCUACAAGCUCUUCAUGUUCAUCUUCGCCGUGAUAGCUGUGCAGCUUUUCAAAGGGAAGUUUUUCUACUGCACGGACAGCUCCAAAGACACGCAGACGGACUGCAAGGGAUAUUACAUCGACUAUGAGAAAGACAAGAAGGAGGUGAAGAAGAGGGAGUGGAAGAGGCACGACUUUCACUACGACAACGUGGUCUGGGCCCUGCUGACCCUCUUCACCGUCUCUACAGGCGAGGGCUGGCCACAGGUCCUGCAGCACUCAGUGGACGUGACCGAGGAGGAUCGCGGUCCCAGCCGAGGGAACCGGAUGGAGAUGUCCAUCUUCUAUGUGGUCUACUUUGUGGUCUUCCCCUUCUUCUUUGUGAACAUCUUUGUGGCCCUCAUCAUCAUCACCUUCCAGGAGCAGGGCGACAAGAUGAUGGAGGAGUGCAGCCUGGAGAAGAAUGAGAGGGCCUGCAUUGACUUUGCCAUCAGCGCCAAACCACUGACUCGCUACAUGCCCCAGAACAGGCAGACCUUCCAGUACCGGCUGUGGCACUUUGUGGUGUCACCCUCGUUUGAGUACACAGUGCUGGCCAUGAUCGCCCUCAAUACCAUAGUCCUCAUGAUGAAGUAUUACUCGGCCCCACCGGCGUACGACACGGUGCUGAAACACCUGAACACGGCCUUCACUGUGCUCUUCUCUGUGGAGUGUGUGCUCAAGAUCAUGGCGUUCGGCUUCCUGAACUACUUUCGCGAUACGUGGAAUAUAUUUGACUUCAUUACCGUCCUUGGCAGCAUCACUGAAAUUGUAAUGGUGGACAUGCAGGUAAAAUCAACAUCCGUCAACAUGAGCUUCCUGAAGCUCUUCAGAGCAGCUCGGCUGAUUAAGUUGCUCAGACAGGGCUACACCAUACGAAUACUACUCUGGACCUUUGUACAGUCCUUUAAGGCUCUACCUUAUGUGUGUCUGCUCAUUGCCAUGCUGUUCUUCAUAUAUGCCAUCAUUGGAAUGCAGGUUUUUGGAAAUAUAAAGCUGGAUGAGGAGUCUCACAUCAACCAGCACAACAACUUCAAGACGUUCUUUGGAGCUCUCAUGCUUCUCUUCAGGAGUGCCACGGGGGAGUCAUGGCAGGAGAUCAUGCUGUCCUGUCUGGGGGGGAAGGACUGUGAGCAGGACCCCCUAAACAAAGGAGGCUGUGGCACAGACUUCGCCUACUUCUACUUUGUCUCCUUCAUCUUCUUCAGCUCAUUCCUGAUGCUGAACCUGUUUGUGGCGGUCAUCAUGGAUAACUUUGAGUACCUCACAAGAGACUCCUCCAUCCUGGGCCCUCAUCACCUGGAUGAGUUUGUGCGCAUCUGGGGCGAGUACGACCGUGCCGCAUGUGGCCGCAUUCAUUACACUGACAUGUACGAGAUGCUGACGCACAUGUCUCCGCCUCUUGGCCUGGGCAAGAAAUGUCCUUCCAAAGUUGCUUAUAAGAGGCUGGUGCUGAUGAACAUGCCUGUGGAUGAGGAAAUGUCCGUCCACUUCACCUCCACACUCAUGGCCCUGAUCCGCACGGCGCUGGAGGUCAAGAUCGCCCGAGGGGGAGAGGACAGAGGCCAGAUGGACAUGGAUCUGCAGAAGGAGAUCAGUGUGAUUUGGCCACAUCUCUCUCAGAAGGCCUUGGACCUGCUGGUGCCUAUUCAUAAAGCCAGUGACAUGACUAUUGGCAAGAUCUAUGCAGCUAUGAUGAUAAUGGACUACUACAAACAGAGUAAAGCCAAGAAGUUGAGACAGCAGCUGGAGGAGCAGAAACAUGCCCCCAUGUUUCAGCGCAUGGACGCCUCCUCUCUGCCUCAGGACAUUCUCAGCAAUGCCAAAGCUCUACCAUUCCUCGCUCGCAGCACUGGCUCUGCCCUGGGCGGAUUUGUGGCCUUGAGUCCCAUUUCUCCGCAGGAGUUGUUCAUGUCGCCUAUGACAUGCCAUGAUGUGGAGGAGCAGGAAGAGCCGUAUCACCACCACUACCACGGCCAUCACCUGCACACUAUGGUGCCGGAGAGCAAAGACUUUAAUCCCAUCCUUUGCCCCACUAACAGGCAGGGCUCGCCGCUCGAGGUGCCUGGCCGGGCAGUGUCCAUCCGGGCCUCCUCGAUGCCGCGGCUGGCUAUAGAAACACAGGUACCCACUGAGAGUACUCUGAUGAAGCGCUCUUUCUCCACUAUUGGAGACCAAUGUGUGAAUGACCUGUGGCAGGAGGAGUACUCUCUGGAAAGAAUCAGCCCUGACCAGCUAAACAGGCCACGCCAGCGCAGCUUCAGAGCUGUCAGGUCUAACCUCAGAGAGCAGUUGGACAAGGAGAGGGGACGUUCCAAAGAGCGCCGCCACCUCCUCUCCCCGGACGUGUCCCGCUGUAACUCGGAGGAGCGCAGCCAGCACCCGUCACGGGAACGCAAGCAGUCGCGCUCACCCAGCGAAGGACGGGCACGUUCUCCGUUGAAACAGGGGAUCAACUCGGCGAGCCCCAACCCGUCCAACUCAGAGAACAGCACCCCCCGUGGUCGCCGGCAGCUCCCCCAGACGCCCUCCCGGCCUCGGCCGCACAUCUCCUACUCCCCCCUGGUGUGCCGAGCGCAGCUUCCCCCUCUGGCCUCCGCCGAGGCGCACCCCAGGACUCAGACAGAGGCCGCUGAGGCCGAGGAGCCUAGGCUGGGCGCAGGGCUGGGCGCGGGGCUGGGACCGACCCAGGGGCCCUCCGCGGUGCUCCCGAGUCUCGCUGCCCCAGCGACGGUGGCCCUUCACUCUUCCCCCCAGCGCUACAUCUCAGAGCCAUACCUGGCCCUCCACGAGGAGCUCCACAGCCUGGAGGGGGCCAGCACGGAGGAGACUCUCACCUUCGAGGCGGCCAUGGCCACCAGCCUGGGCCGCGCCAACACCAUCAGCUCGGCGCCGCAGCUGCGCCACUCCUGGCAGGUGCCCAACGGCCACUUCCGCAAGCGCCUCGGCCAGGCGUCCCCGAGCGCCGCCUGCGACCUGCUGAGCGACACCGACGAGGAUGACCGCUGCUAGGACCGCGGGGAAGGAACGGAGUGGAUGCAUGUUCGCCCAGGAGGACUGAGGGACAGGUGAACCCCUAAAAAGAGAGAGUAUAAAGGAUGAAAAAGAGAGAGAACGAAACACAGAAAUAAAGAAGAGAAGAGGAGAGGCCAGAAGUAAGAGCUCGGGUCAUAGGUAGCUAGACUUCAACCAUGUGUUUCAACAUGUUCUGUGUUCUGUGUGUGGGAACUGAGCUUCACUUGCCAAAAUUGCAAACAAAAUCUGAUCUGCGAAUGAGUGGGAGGCAGGCACAGGCCUCAGUCUUGCUGAUCAGAGAUAGGGCUGGGUAGUAUAUCACAUUUAUCAGAUUGAUUCAAGUUUAGAUUGAAAAAGAUCUAUGUGAAAAAUGUCCUCAAUUUUCCUCAGCUGUCUCUCAAACACCAGCAGCAGGACUUACCAUCAGUUUAGAAGACGCUGCUUUUCCAACUGGCUACUGUUUUGGUUGCGACUUGCAGAGCUGCGCAGAAUCACCAUGCACACAAAUAUAAAUGUGUGCUCACAACACAGUAGCCUAGAAAUGCGCUAUAUAAAUAAACUUGACUUGACUUGACCAUUUGCAUAGGUGGUGUAGGUUCUAAAUAGAUCAUAAUUAAGUUACGCUUAAUUGACAGGUUAAAUCGAUGGCCAAAUGGGUCAUGCCAUGACCUGUUAGACACAUACAGCCCUACAGUAGUUACCGGGGAACAAUGUAGCUUAUAGUUUAAAAAGUAUUAAAAAAUCAUCUGAGCACUGAACAUUUUGCCAUAUGCCAUUUGGCCAUAUCGCCCAGCCCUAAUCAAAGAAUAGUGCUGAAGUGAAGCUAAAUGUCCUGAAAAAUGUCAUUCUUUUUACAUGUGGGUUCUUUGCUGUACAGCUAUGUUCUUUGGGGCAUCAAAUCUUUCUCUCCAGCCACAUUUGGUCUCUAUCAAGCUGAGGCGUAUGAAGCUGACAAGUAUGAGGAAUGUAACCCAGACGUCGUUCCCUUUGCUAUUGCCAGGGUAAGGCAUCAUAUUUCGCCUUCAAACUCGGCGAGAAAGAGAGAGAAUGUGGUAUGUAGACCUGUUGGCUGUCCUUGGCUGAUCCUUUGGCGGCUGACACAUCAAACACAGCAGCCCGAGCGCUUUUGUUCGAGCCGCUACGCUUGUAUCUCUGCGUCACUUCGGCAGCAACCCUUCUCAGGCUUUUUAAACUCUUUCAGGUGAGGGUGAGAGAAACAAACUCCUAGCCAGCCCACUACUGCAAAGUCGCAAGGCUAGAAAUCCUUAAACAUUACCUAAGGCCCAUGAUUCAUUAGUGGUGAGAGCUCUGUAGCAUAUUUAGUUCCUGUUUCAAUUCGUAGCUAAUCUGUUGAAAUAUAAAUGCAAUUUUCUGGUGGUAUAUUUUUAGGAUCUGAUCUUUCUUAGUGGCAGUGGAUCACUUUGUAAGACGUUUGAUGGUAGAGGAAGCUUGAGUGUCUGCUGUGAAUAGACUUGAAAGAGAAGGUUUUGUAGGCUAAAUCCCAUAUUUGUCCAUUGUUUUAAUGCUUUUUCAGAAGCAACAGCUCCUUACCAAAUUCUAUCUGAGACUGAGUUGACUCUCUGCUUCAAAGCUCUGGCAAGCAUGUGCAAGCUGGGAAGAAUGGUAUAAAAAUUGGGUGUUGUUUAAAUGAGUUUGGUCCAUGUUGGUCUCUGUUGUCACAAGUGUUGAAGGCAUUGUUGCAGUAAUUUCUCUCAAUAUGACACAGAGUAAGUGACACUGUCGAAUUGGCAAAGACUUCUGUGCAUCUUGAAAAGCCUGCAAGUUAGAUGAUUAGAAAUGAUGAUAAUCCGAAACAACCCUUUAAACAUAAAGUGUAAACAGGUUGUGCACUGUGGAGUCUUGAGUGGAGAGGUUUGAGAAACAUAUUGACCCAUGGCAGUAGGAAAUAUCAUUUCACUAGAUUGUGCAUGUCCCUGGUAAGCGUUCUGGCCUUGAAUGCUAGAGCUUCACUGAAGAAAAACUAUGGCUCUUGUAACAUAUGUAAACAUCACAAUGUUCUGGACAAAUCUGAAAUGUCUCAGAAGCCAUGUUUAGUUUCUAUUCUUCUGUAAAUAGAAAAGCCAUGUCACAGAAUGUCUCUUUUCCCUUGGGUCAGUUAAUCCAAUAGUUUGUCCUAAGCAUCCAUGCAUCAUAUGAUCAUCCCUGUUUUCUCUGAAUUUCUUAUAUUCAUAAACCACUGUAGUAAUCACCCAUCUGCAUGUCAGUAUUUCAUAAAUACUCUCAUACCACUAUUACUCAACAAACAUUAGCAUCUGUUUACUCUGAGCGCGGUUGGGGAGGAAAAAAUGCAAAUAUGGGGUUGAACUCAUCUUGCUCUGUGUCCAAAAACUGUAGCCGUUCAUUAGAAUGUGAAUGUAUGCUCUUGACCCUGAUGUAGUUCUUGUAUUGGUGUGGACGGUGAAGGAGAAGGUCUUUGAGACUACUGGAUUUAGUAUGGCCAAUGUUAUGCCAGAUCUAAUUUGUGGAACAACUGAGCAUUGUAGUCUGGGUAUUGUAGUUUUCCAUCAGAUGUAGCAAAGAUGGCAUUGUAUCAUAGGCUUCACAUGACUAUGAGUCAGUCAUCUUGUUUGAUUCCAUUGAACAUGAAAGAAAAAAAGAGAUACUAUUUUUUAUUUUUCAUAUAACUCCAUAAAUGUGGCAGUGUUUUGGUUCUAUCAUAUCAUUGAAGAUGAUCGCCAUAACUUCUGUUGUACAAAUUUCAAAACUGAAAAUCUUUUUGGUUUCAACCUAAACUUCAGUAUUUGAAUGAUCUAGAUCCAGAUUUUUCAGAAACAAAUGAAAAACAGUUAUUUUCCCAUUCAACAACAAAAAAAAAAACAAGAAUUUAAAUAAGAAUUUAUAUUCCAUGUAUUGUGUUGUAAUUUGUUCCUUUGCCAUGUUUUCUGAAAUGUGAAUAGGCCGUAUUUGGUACAUGUCUCUCUGGUCCUUGUGGGUUGCUGUUCUGUGAACCAUAUGAAAUUUAAAGGGUUGAUGUUGCACCUGAUUCUCUGGUAUAGAAAAAGUACUGCUUUUUACAUAUGUAGUAUAUAUCAGUGGUUCUCAAAGUAGGGUCCGGGGACCCCUGGGGUUCUGUGAUCUAUAGCCAAGGGGUCCGCAAAAUAAUUUGCUUUAAAUGAUAAAGUUGUGGUUUAUCAUUUUAAAAAUUAGAUCAUUUUUAAAAUGAUAAAUAUCUAAAUUAUUUUAAAAAUAUCUAUAAAUGACGACCAUUUUCACCAAAAAAACCCCAGCAAAUUGUGUCUAUUUGCUCUAACCCACAUUAACUUAACUUUAACUUGAAUCACUUCACUCAGGUCACGAAGAAUCAUUCCUACUGCUGCUUAGCUUGGCUUAUUUGCCAGCUAGCUAUAGCUGAUGAAUAUUGAGAAAUGAGUCAGUGUACUGUACGUCGUCAAGUGACGCAAAAUCCAAAGUUACACACCUGCAAGAAAACACCAUAUUGAACCUGGCCACAACUUCAGAGAAUACAAAUGGCAUGUGCUCAAUUGUUACGUUUAUGAGGGGGUCCUCAGAAUUAGUCUCCCCCACGAGGGGUCCUUGGAACCAAAAAGUUUGAGAACCCUUGGUAUAUAUAAAUACACCGGGGGAAAUGUCUUAUUUAUUGAACUGUUUAUAUUUCCAUAUAGAUGCCUAUCUUAAAUUUAUUUCACUUUGUUUUGUGAAUGGAGACUUGUUUGCUUAUCUGUCAAAAACAACCACAGCAAAAUUAUAACAAAAAAAACCUCUUUAAUAAAAAUGUGACUAACCAGCUUUGCAGGCAUUAUGCUUU